CACAGAUCGUAGAGAGAGAAAGGGAGGGAAAAAAAAAAAAAAAGGAGAGAGAGAGAGAGAGAGAGAGAAGAGAGAGAAGAGUAUUCCCCUUCACCCUCCUCCAUUACCGAGCCCUUUUUGGGAACAACCAUAACCCCUAGAGCGAGAAACGUUUUCAUCGCCCUUCCCGAAAAGGGCCUAUAUUUCUUUUUCUGUUUUUUUUUUGCGAAAUGAGGCUCCUCUUUCGAAGGCUCUACUCGACUCUGGGCCCCAAACGGGCCCGCUCGGGGCUCGCCGCGGCCCGCGAGGAGGGCGCGAUCCUUCCCAAAAUGCCCCCGUUCGCCUACGCCCCUCCGCCGUACGAUGGGCCACGAGCGGCCGAGAUCCUCCGGAAGCGAUCCGAGUUCCUCAGCCCCUCCAUGUUCUACUUCUACAAGAACCCCUUGAACAUCGUCGCUGGGAAGAUGCAGUACUUGUUCGAUGAAGACGGGCGGCGCUAUCUCGAUGCUUUCGGCGGUAUUGCCACCGUUUGCUGCGGCCACUGCCAUCCUGAAGUCAUUGAUGCUGUUAUAAAUCAGACGAAACGGCUGCAGCAUUCCACUGUUGUAUACCUCAACCAUGCUAUUGCCGAUUUUGCAGAGGCGUUAGCCUCCAAAUUGCCGGGUGAUCUCAAGGUCGUUUUCUUCACGAAUUCGGGAACUGAAGCAAAUGAAUUGGCAAUGAUGAUCACUCGGCUUUACACUGGUUGUCAUGAUAUUAUUUCACUCAGAAAUGCUUAUCAUGGGAAUGCAGCUGGAACGAUGGGUGCAACCGCCCAAUGCAACUGGAAAUUUAAUGUUGUCCAGAGCGGAGUGCACCAUGCACUGAAUCCAGAUCAAUAUAGAGGUCCUUUUGGCUCAGAUGGUGAAAAGUAUGCCAGAGAUGUUCAAGAAAUCAUCGAAUUUGGAACUUCUGGGCGAGUUGCUGGUUUCAUUUCAGAAGCUAUACAAGGAGUUGGGGGAAUACUGGAAUUAGCGCCAGGUUACCUGCCUGCUGUAUACAACACAAUAAAGAAAGCUGGCGGCCUCUGUAUAGCCGACGAAGUCCAGGCAGGAUUUGCACGCACAGGAAGCCAUUUCUGGAGCUUUGAGGCCCAUGGAGUGGUGCCAGAUAUAGUAACCAUGGCAAAGGGCAUUGGAAAUGGGAUACCUAUAGGAGCAGUUGUUACAACUCCAGAAAUCGCCCAGGUUUUGACUCGUAGAAGCUAUUUCAAUACAUUUGGCGGCAAUCCUGUUUGCACUGCUGGUGGGCAUGCUGUUCUUAAAGUGCUUGAGAAAGAGAAGCUUCAAGAGAACGCACAUGUCGUCGGUUCUUACUUGAAAGAUCGACUAAUAGCACUACAGGAAAAGCAUGAAAUUAUUGGCGAUGUGAGGGGACGAGGUUUGAUGCUUGGAAUUGAGCUAGUAACUGACCACGAAAAGAAAACUCCGGCCAAAGCUGAGAUCUUGCAUGUCAUGGAACAAAUGAAAGAUAUGGGUGUUUUGGUCGGGAAGGGCGGCUUCCAUGGGAAUGUCUUUAGAAUAACGCCGCCACUAUGCUUCACAAAAGAAGAUUCCAAUUUUCUCGCCGAAGUGAUGGACAUGGCAUUAUCUAAACUGUGAACUGACGCUCUGUGUAUUUGCUUUCUAUGGGGGUUCUUAGGAGCAAUAAGAGUUCUAAGUUACUAUGAGACAGCACCUCGUUGUCUCAUUAUCUUUUUGAAAACCCCUGAACUUGUGGAGAUGACAUGAACCUUGUGAACUUUGCUUAGUUAUCUUGAAUUAGAUUCGGUAAUCGUUCCAAUUCUAUAGCAGGUGUUACUUUGUGGA